GAUUAACUCUUUGUUCGUCCGAUGCCGCAGUGGACUAUGCUGUGGAGCAAAGUCACUUUGCUCUCUUCUUCAACAUGGGGCAGUGCUGCUGCGCUGGCGCACGCACGUUUGUAGAGGGCAAGAUCUACGACGAGUUUGUUGAGAAGAGUGCCGCACGAGCGAAGAAGAGAACUGUUGGAAAUCCGUUUGAUCCUAAUAAUGAACAAGGACCUCAGGUGGACAGUGAACAGUUGGGUAAAGUGCUGAACUACAUUGACAUUGGCAAGCAAGAAGGAGCUAAAUUGGUUGCCGGAGGUAGUCGUCAUGGCGAUCAAGGAUACUUCGUUCAGCCCACGGUGUUUGCAGAUGUAAAAGAUGACAUGACAAUUGCGAAAGAAGAGAUCUUUGGACCAGUGCAGCAGAUCCUACGAUUCGACAGCAUGGAGGAAGUGUGUGAUAGAGCUAACAGCAGCAUGUACGGCUUGGCAGCUGCUGUAUUCACGAAAGAUCUAGACAAAGCGAUGAUGGCAUCACAAAAUCUCAGAGCUGGCACAGUCUGGAUCAAUAUGUACAACAACUUUGAUGCAGCCGCCCCGUUUGGAGGUUACAAGAUGUCCGGUAAUGGUAGAGAGAAGGGCGAGUAUGCACUGGAGGAGUACACCGAAGUCAAAUGUGUGAUGAUGAAGGUACCAGAAAAGAACACAUGAGUGUUUUCCACUGCUUCAUUUGUCGCCGGCUGCCAUCAUUAUUGGGAAGAAGACAUUCCUUAUCGCAGUAGUGAUGAAUUUACAAGAUCUACGAUGCCAUGUAGGGAGUAGAACCUCAUCUGUUUGUGGGAAUGUAAAACUUACUAAUCUAAAAAUCAAGCAUCUUUAAAUGUAUGUGAAGAAAUGUAAAUGUUUAGGUUGGAAAUAUAUUAAGUGCAUGGUGUUGCCAUUUCGGUGAUUGGUUUUAUGACAUUUCGGUGAUUGGUUUUAUGACAUACAGCCCGUGGCAUACUCCUUGUAGUUAUUUAUAUAUGUUCUCUUAUUAAGGAAGCAUAAGUCAAGCGUUCUUGCAGAUUCAGUGAUAGAAUCUGCAUAUGAAUUUAGUUUUGCGCACAAAUUCUUUAUGUAUUUAUCUUUUUUGUAACUUUUGAUUAUAAUUUUGUAGUCUCUAAGGGCUUCGAGCAUCUGUUAGUGAUAUGUAAGUUUGUUAAUCAACACGAAACCCAGGUGUCCUUAUAUCCUUUAUGAGAAGGAAGAUGUUUGAUUUUUGUAUCAUGUUUGCAGCAUUUUAAGAGUGAAGAAGGAAUGGACCUACUGGCAAGUGACAAAAAAUUAAUUUCCAUAUAUAAUGCAGUAUAUAAAAGCAGAUAUAGUGAGGUAAGAAAUUUCAGUAUAAAAACGAAGUAUAUUGUUUUCUGAUAAGGGAAAUUUAUUUAAAAAAAUAUGUCAUAGGAAAGUGAGAUUCGAAUUUCGAAACAAUUUCGAUAGUGGAUACAGUGGUAGCAGCAACAUUACAGCCUAUAUUCAGUAUGUGCUUGCUUUAUAACACUAUACUAUUUCUGUAAUAAAACUUCACUGUGAAAUUUGGAGCAUAAU